UUGUUAACGGACUUGGUCGCGCACGACCGCAUCUACAUUCCAUUUCUAAUAAAAUUUCCAGCGCCAGAAAAGUGUGAUGGAUAUCAGUCAGGCAGUGAACGUCAGAACCGAAUGUGACCUCCGUGAGGGAUAUCCAACCUGGUUCCUGGAGCAGUUACAGGACUUCAGAUCGGAGGGUCACCUGGUGGAUGUCAUACUGUGUGCUGAAGGCAAGGAGAUCCCCUGUCACAGACUGGUCCUGUCGGGCUGCACUGACUACUUCCGCGGCAUGUUCCGUGGUGGCCACAGGGAGAGUAAGACAGAAAAGAUAGAGAUAGGAGGGGUGAGUGCAGAGGCACUACAACUCCUGGUAGACUAUGCAUACAAUUCUAAAUUCACCAUCACCAGCAAUAACAUUCAGUCUGUGUUUGAAGCAGCUAACAUGCUUCAGGUUAAGCCUGUUGAAGACGUAUGUGAGGAAAUUCUGACAGAGUGCUUAAGUCCCAAGACAUGUCUGGCAACUUGGGUGUUGGCGGACAAAGUGUCAUGUAGAGAUUUGUUGGAGAGGGCCAAGAGCCAUGCUGUAAGAAAAUUUGAAGAAAUUUGUAGGAUGGAGCAGUUCCUUGAGCUACCUGUGGACUUUCUGAAGACGUACAUCUCAGAUGAUUGCCUUCAUGCUAAGAAGGAAGAACGAGUGUUGGAUGGGAUCAUGCUUUGGGUAAGACAUGAUCUUAAGGAACGUCAAAGUCACCUCAAGGAGCUGCUAGAGUGUGUUCGUUUAUCACAUGUAGACCAAGACUAUCUCAAGAACAUCUUGGAGACAGACAAGGAGUUAUUAGCAGCAGUUCCUGGGAUUGAGGAACUGAUAAGUGAUAAAUCCAGACCUAAAGAACCUCGCCACAUUCAUCAAGAGGAGAUUCUGGUUCUUGGUGGCCACACACUGACCCCAGAAGAAUGGGUCAGACCUAACUGUAACUUGCACAGACUUGAUCCCCACUGUGAUUCCAUUGGUAUUACUCCAUUACCAGAACCCCUUCAGAAGAGUUUUGGAAUUGCAGCAUGUGUUUUUAACAAUGACGUGAUUGUAACGGGAGGGCACAAGUCCCAAUGUGAAGCCUGGAGGUACAAACCAUCUCUAGAUUCUUGGACUGAGCUGUGCGAUCUCAAUAGAGAAAGACAUAGUCAUGGGAUGGCGGUUGUGAAGGGAAGAGUGUAUGCUGUUGGUGGUGAGGAGUAUGAGUAUUCUAUUCGUGGUAUUUGUGGUUAUCAACAAGGUGGUCUCCCUAACGUCGAGGUGUACAGUGAUACGACCGAGAGAUGGGGCGAAGUAGCAUCGCUGCAACAGGGAGUUAGUUAUUUUGGCGUAACUGCCUGUUGUGAUAAGAUCUAUGUAUUUGGUGGUAGGAUGAGCAACAAGAGAGAAACUGAUGUUGCUCAGUGCUACGACCCCACCGAGGAUGCAUGGACUUUUGUAAAGCCUUUGCCAAAGGCUGUGAUGAACAUAAAAGCUUGCACAGUCAACUCUAAGAUCUAUUUGGUUGGUGGAAUGUUAGACCAUGUCCUGUGCUAUGAUCCUCAGGAAGACGACUAUGAGGACAUGGCGGAUCCCCUGGUAUCGUGGUAUGACUGCAGUGUCACGGUGUGUGGGUCUGAGAUCUACAUUACUGGUGGAAGUGAAAAACACCCUCAGUUUUUUAGUAUGGUCCCCAGUGCUACAGUACAGUGUUACAAUGUGAGCAGUGAUACCAUGAUUAUGUUGCAAGAUAUGCCUCUUCGACUAAGGGCACACAACAGUGUAACAAUAGCAAAGCCAGGGCCGUCUCCAGGACCCAUCCCUUCAUCCCAGUCUUGAUUAAAACACUUUGUUGUGUACAAAAGCUUUGUUAUCCAUGGAAUGAAACUGAUAAAAAUGUAUUUUCCUGAGCUUAAGAUGACAGAUGUGAUAAUGACUGGGAUGGGAAAAACUUUAAAAACUGGUGACAGCCCUAAACAAAACCAUAACUAAUUUUUCAUUGUCUGAAUCAAGUUUAUUAACAUUGAAAACUGAUAAACCCCAGCUAUCUAUAGUUGAUAGAAUAUACAAGGGAGCUUGCUACAUCAAGUCUGUAGGAAGAUAUAGGAAGUUACUACAUCCGGUUUACUUGAGUGCAUCUCCUAACAUUUGUGCCUUCAAAAAGACAUACAAAUUGUGUCAUAUCUCUGAAGAAAAAAGAUUUCUGGUAGUGAAUUGUAAGUCUAAACUCAUGAUCAUGAGUGAUAAGGCUGUGUUUAUUAGGUUAUUUGGAAAGGGACCAGUAGCUGUAGAAAUUCUAGAUCUCCUGCUUUUGUUUAAAGGGGACAAGACUUAAGACUACUAACUUAAUGGCUAAUGUUUUGAAAUAUGCUAUAGACCAUUUGUUAAGUGGUGGAAGAAUCAUUAAAAUUGGAAAUGACCA